AUGACGAUGAUUGUUGUUGAUGAAAUUUGUACAGCUUUCUUUCAGCUUCCUUUCUUUAAACCAUUACCGCCACCAUUAUCACCUUCCCUCACUUCCUCCUUCCCUCCAAAAGUGGCUCCUUUAACUCUCAAUGAGAACAACUCUAUACUUAUGGGCGUGUCAUUUAUUAAAAAAAAAAUUCUUCUUUUCGUUUUUCUUUUCUAUCUCCAACUUGUUCUUGGUGUAUAUUUUCUUUUCUUUUCUUUUCUUUUCUUUUCUUUUCUUUCCAUUCUUUACUUUUCUUUUCUUCCUUUCUUUUCUUUUCUUUUCUUUCUUUACUUUUCUUUUCUUCCUUUCUUUUCUUUUCUUUUCUUUCUUUCUUUUAUUUUAUUUUAUUUUAUUUCUUUUCUUUUCUUUUCUUUUCUUUUCUUUUCUUUCUUUCCUUUCUUUCCAUUCUUUACUUUUAUUUUCUUCCUUUCUUUUCUUUUCUUUUCUUUUCUUUCUUUCUUUUAUUUUAUUUUUUAUUUUUUUCUUUUUUUUCUUUUUCUUUUCUUUCUUUUCUUUUUAUUUUCUUUUUAUUUUAUUUCUUUUUUUUCUUUUCUUUUAUUUUUAUUUUUUUUAUUUCUUUUCUUUUCUUUUCUUUUCUUUUCUUUCCUUUCUUUCCAUUCUUUACUUUUAUUUUCUUCCUUUCUUUUCUUUUCUUUUCUUUCUUUCUUUCUUUUAUUUUAUUUUAUUUUAUUUCUUUUCUUUUCUUUUCUUUAUUUUCUUUUCUUUCUUUUCUUUUCUUUUCUUUCCUUUCUUUACUUUUCUUUUCUUUCUUUUCUUUUCUUUUCUUUUCUUUAUUUUAUUUUAUUUUAUUUUCUUUUUUCUUUUUUUUUCUUUUCUUUUUCCAUUUCUUUUACUUUUUUUUUUCUUUUUUUUCUUUUCUUUUCUUUUUCUUUUCUUUUAUUUUCUUUCUUUUCUUUUUCUUUUCUUUUUUUUAUUUUAUUUUAUUUUUUUUUUUUUUUCUUUUUUUCUUUUUCUUUUCUUUUUUCUUUUCUUUUCUUUUUUUUAUUUUAUUUUCUUUUUCAUUUUAUUUUUUUUUUUUUUCUUUUUUUUCUUUUCUUUCUUUUCUUUUUCUUUCUUUUUCUUUUCUUUUUUUUCUUUCUUUUCUUUUCUUUUCUUUCUUUUCUUUUCUUUGCUUUGCUGUAUUUUCUUUUCUUUCUUUUCUUUUCUUUUAUUUCUUUUCUUUUAUUUUCUUUUCAUUUCUUUUCUUUCUCACUCUUUAUUUCACUGUUUCUUUCUUGUGUAUCUUUCUUUCUUUUUUGUUUUCCUUCUAAGUCUUUCCUUAUCGCAACGUAUUUUUCUUUCAUUUUUUCUUUCUUUCUUUGUUUCUCUAUUUCUUUCUUUCUUUCUUUCACUGUAUUUCUUUGCUUCUUUUCUUUUCUUUGCUGUGUGUCUGUUUCUUUCCUUUUUCCUAUGAUUUUCUUCAGAAGAUUGUCUUUCUUUCUAUCUUUCUUUCUUUCUUUCAUUCAUAGUCUUUAUUUAUCGUACUUUCUUCGUUCUUCCUUUCACUAUGUGUCUUUGUUUCUUUUUUCUUUUCUUUCCUCAUCAGAUUUUCUUUCUUUCUUCUUUUUUCCUAAGUCUUUCUGUUUUCUUUUCUUUCUAAGUCUUUCUUUAUUAAAUUAUAUUUCUUUCUUUCUUUUUUCUUUCUUUCUUUCUUUCUUUCUUUCUUUCUUUCUUUCUUUCUUUUCUUUCUAA